UGAUUUUACUGAGAAAAUUUUUAUAAGAGAUGGUGUUGAAGAGUUACCUGAAAGAAUGACUGAUGUGAUGACGGGUUUAACACUGCAAUUAUCAACAACUACAGGUUCACCGACAAGAAAAUUUAUAGGCUCAUCACAGGAUCUAAUGUUCUCUUUAAUGUUCGGACCUGAUACUGUACUAGCGGAUUUUGUGGCAUCAGAUUAUGUGCAAUUUUCAGAAUGGACAGAUGGAUUGAAUAUGUUAUUUGAUAAAAAUAUUGGAAGCAGAGAUACGGCAGAAUUCACAGAAAUUGGAGUAAAGGUUAAAUUAUUGGACUUAAGCGGUGAGAGAGUGGAAAUACCACAGAGUGUUGAAGUCCCUAGGGAGUUACCUGUUGUUGAAAUAGAUUUUAUUAUGAUGAUCCUUUUUCUUAGAGUGUGGCAUAAUUUAUUAGUAUAG